ACUUCCAAAGAAUUUUAUUUUAACUACUGUUUAAGUGUUAAAGUCUACGAUGGAGUCCGAAGAGGUUAACUUUCUAAAAGAUCAAGUUCAAAGACUGAAUGCAGCAUUGUCAAAAUAUGUAUCAGGUUCCUUGGAUGAGCUUCCCCCUCUAGAGGGGCCACUAGCCCAGGAGGGACCUACAGCACCAUGGCUGACAGAAUUCAAUGUGUUAUCUCCCUUGAUUGCUGAGUAUGACCAACAGCUGAAUCAGUUACAACAGGAAGUGGACCUAUACAGAGAAGAAAUGGGUAACCUGAGGCCAGAGCUGGACAGAAUUGUAAAUGAAAAUAAUUUGUUAUCCGCUCAACUGAAGGAGAAACUGGACAACCAUCUGGCUGGCAUACCCGCUGAAUCAGAAGGAAGUGACUAUAGUCCUACAACUGAAAAUGAACAAGUCCUACACAAUCUGCAGACACAGGCAGACAGUGCCUUACAAGAAAAAGAAGCAGCAAUAUCUCGAUGGCAGGAGGCUGAUCAGGAGAUUGACAGAUUGCAAAGGCAGCUUCAGAGUGAGAAGGACAGUCACCAAUGGAGAGUGGUUGAACAGCAGGCGCAGAAGAUGCAGACAGAGUAUUAUGAGACUGUUGGGGCCUUAAACAAAGAGUUGGAAGACACUCAACAAGACUUGAGGUUAACUAAACAGGAAUUAGAAGCAAAAUUGAUGGAAAACAAAGAUCUGAAGAAAGGCAACAAAGAUUUAGAACAGCAGCUGCAAUGGAAGGACCAAGAAAUAGCUGAUAUUCUCUUUAAAGAAGGCGUGUCAGACAGCAGAGUGGGUGAUAUGAAGAAAAUUUUAGACAAUCUGCAGCAAAAAUUAACAACAAAAACAAAAGAAUCAGAUUCCAUGAAGAUGGACAAAGAUGGAUUGGAGGCUAGAGUGAAGGAAAUGCAGAAAAGAACUGCUGAACUGGAGGCGAAGGAAGUAGAUGCUGUCACACAAGUCAGAGAUGCAGUACAGAUGGUGGAAAAUGCUGUUUUGGAAAAAGAACAGGCUGAGGUGGAAGUAAAACAGAGAGAUGAAGAAAUCGAGAAGCUGCAAGAUUCCAUUAAUAAACUGAUUAAUGAAGCUGGGAUUCGCACCAGACAAGAGGUUGAUAACAUCCGACAACAAAGCAAUGAGAGAAUCACAAAACUUACAGAGGAACUUCAUAGUCUGGAGAUGGAGAGUGCAGAAAAGUCUGAGAUGUUACAGAGAGCCAUCAGAGAAAAACGAAUGGUGGAAGUUGAACUAGAAAAGUCUUUUAAAGAAUCUAUGGCCCAAGCAGCAAAGGAGAAGGAUGCAUUUGAAGACCUAAACAGACGAGCUGUGAACGCUGAGAGAAGUCGAGAUGACAAUGAUGUAAAAUUGGACUCAUUACAGAAUGAAUUGCGCCGUCAAGAAAUGAACAAUGAACAGCUGAAGGAUCAGUAUGAAACACAGUUUAUGCAGAUGAAGGAUAGAAUGAAGCAGAUGGAGAAUGAAUUUGAAUAUCUCAAUGAUGACCGAGUACGCCUUCAGAAUGAGGCUGAUGAAAUGAAGAAAUCUGUAUCAACAGCCAAUAAGGAGAAGGAGUUUGCACUGCGCAAAUACCAAAAGGAGAUGACAAUCUUGGAAAAUGAACAACAACAGAAGAUGCAGGAUUAUGAAGUAAGAUUGCAGAGUUCUGAAGAUGCCAACCGUCAUGCUAUGGGGGAACUAAGAAAGCUAUUGACAGGACAACAGAGAAUGUCUGCCAAGUGGAAAGAAGAGUGUGAGACAAUAACUAAAAAGUUUGAAGUGAAAAUAAAUGACAUGAGAACAGAGAUGAGUCAUGUACGUAAGAGGAACGAUGAAUUAACAACUUUACUACGGGACAGCCAAGCAAAAACAAUGGAGGCAGAAAAGAUGAUCACUGAUUAUGCGCGGAACAUCUAUCGUAUGGAGGAGAGAGUGCGGGAAUCUGAAACACGAGCAGCAGAGGCCACGAAACAGUUGUCUCGACAAUCUGUGAGACAGAGACAGAUACAAAGUGAGCGGAGAAGUCUGAUAAACGAAUUACAGCGAAGUACAUCAGGGUCACCAAACAGAUCCGCCAGACUUGGUGACUCAAUGGUAAUUGGAGAACUAUCCACCAGUCACAGAAAUUUAGACAAUUCAGCAAUACAUAUGUCCAAGUUCAAAAGAGAUCAGGAGGAUGCUUUAUCUGACCGAUGACAAAGGUGAUAAAUGACCCAGCUUUUUGUGCCUUUGGUACCAAUAUAAGGGUACUGUUUUAUUUUAUGAGGAUUAUCAGGCACUUUCUUGUGUAAAACCUCCAAACUGUUGUGAGUACAGUGUGGGUACAGUCUCCAGAGCAGAUUAAAACAUAUCUGGGUGAAAGGGACUACCUCAAAUCAUUAAGCACAUCAGUCAACGGUCUCAAAGUGCUCAUGCAUAUGUGUCAACCUCCGUCCAAUAAGCCAUCCGGUGAAGAGACACAAUAAUACAAUUACACCAGUCUGAUACCCUGGGCUUCUAGAAUUUUGGGCCCGAUGGAAAUUUUAUAGAUGUCACUUCAUUUGGAUUGUGACGUGAAUAGCUGAAAAUUCACAAUGAAAUUAUGCCACUAACUUUUAGAAUGACAGUGUCAAUACAAAAUGUCACACAAGUCUGGACAGGGUCAGUAUGUACCAUGAUAAUGUUUUCAUCAAAGAAACAGCAGUAAUAACUGUCCAAGUUUUAUUUUUACAAAUGUGUAAUAACUUUGGAAAUAUCAUUUAGUUUCUUACAAUAAUGUCAUGUUUCUUGUACCUGUGUUCAACUUUAAGAAAAACUUUAUUCUGAAUGGUGAAAGUUUAGGCCUAUUUCACUUUUCCUUGUUUGAUUACCAAUUCAUGAUAUAUAGGAUUUAGCAAAUUUCUAAGGUAAAGGUCAAAUUCAUCAUUCCCAUAAAUGAAAGGAAAUUUCUCAAGUACUGUCAAAUGAAUGAGUAAAUACAAUUUGUAUAAUCCUGAAUGUCCUAGUGUUCUAGUUUUAUACCAUUUUCUUUUUACCCAUAAUGAAAUUAGCUGCAUGGUGACCUCAUGAUUUAACUUAGAAAGACCUAUAUCAAGAAAAUGAAAUGUUGCAAAAUUUUCAUUUAUGUAUUUAUCUUUACCUAUCUACUGGCAAGCGUUAUUGCUCAAAAAUAUAUUUAUACAUAUAUAUUUAACAUAUCAAAUCAAAAUAAUUUGCAAUUAAAUUAUUUUUGUACACAGUUCUGUACUGCAUGUUGUUAUGACAAUAUAUAGUUGUUUGUAAGAAUGUGUAAGUAGUAGAUGGUCAGUAUGGCUUGUCAUUUUAAUGUAUUUAU